ACCGGACUGUUUCUGCACUACCAUUCUUGUUCAAGAAAAACACUCAUCUCUCUCUCUCUCUCUCUCUCAAAUCAAGCUCCAAAAAAAAUGAACCUGCUUCAGCUCCUGAUCAUGAUGACGAUCUUCUUCCUCCUGAUCUUGAAACUCCUGCACUCAGUUUUAUGGUUGCCGUGGAGAAUCCAAGACCAUUUCCGCAGGCAAUGCAUACGAGGCCCUCCGUACCGUCCAGUUGUCGGAAACAUGCCAGAGAUUCGGAAGAUGAUUGCCGACGCUCAGUCGAAGGCCAUGUCUUGGGAUGACCAUGACAUCCUUCACCGGCUGGCUCCUUACUAUACCGAGUGGUCGGCUGUGUAUGGAAGGACGUUUCUGUAUUGGUUAGGGUCUAAGCCAAGGCUGGCUAUCGACGAUCCUGACAUGAUCAAGGAGAUCCUCAUGAACACCGGUGGAUCAUUUGAGAAGAUGGAGCAUAACCCUCCGAUUAAGAUGUUCUUUGGACAAGGAAUAUUUGCAUUGAGGGGUGAAAGAUGGAGCCUUCACAGAAGAAUCGCAAACCAAGCUUUCAAGAUGGAGAACGUUAAGGGUUGGGUGCCAGAGAUUGUGGCUAGUACCAGACAGAUGCUCCAAAAGUGGGAAGAAGGGAGAGGAGGAAGAGACGAAUUCGAGAUGGAGGUGCACAAAGAACUUCAAAACCUUUCUGCAGACAUAAUAUCUAGAACUGCAUUUGGAAGUAGCUUUGAGGAGGGGAAGAGGAUCUUCAUGUUACAAGAGCAGCAACUACGCCUUGUCUACCUAGCUUAUAGAAGCGUCUACCCUCCUGGUUUCAGGUUUUUGCCCACUACGAAUAACAGAGAGAGGUGGAGGCUUGAGAAUGAAUCACGAAAAUCUAUUCAGAUGUUGAUAGAGAGCAAUAAGGGGAAAGAAAGUUCAAGAAAUUUACUUGGUCUUUUGCUAUCUUCUCACAAGAAUCACAAUGGUGAAGAAGAGAAACUAGAGGUGUCAGAAGUCAUAGAUGAAUGUAAGAAUUUCUACGUUGCAGGAAAGGAAACAAGUGCUAAUCUUUUGACUUGGGCACUCGUCCUUCUAGCAUCACAUCAAGAAUGGCAAAGUAAGGCACGGGAGGAAGUCUUCAAGGUUUUUGGAGAUAAUAAACAUCCCACAACUGAGAAUUUAAACGACCUUAAGACAGUGGGUAUGAUACUGAAUGAAGCACUUCGCCUCUACCCCGUGGGUUCAUUCGUGUUUCGGCAAACAACCAAACGAGUUAAGCUAGGGAAACUCGACAUUCCAACAGGAACACAACUUUGUUUGCUCAUAACAGCUGUCCAUCAUGAUACUAAGAUAUGGGGAAAGGAUGCACAUAAAUUCAAUCCAUUGAAUUUUUCAGCGUCUCGAAAGCAUUUAGCCCCAUAUUUUCCAUUUGGGUUAGGACCUAGAAUUUGUGCAGGUCAGAAUCUAGCCCUGGUUGAGACAAAGGUGGCACUUGCAAUGAUUGUCCGACAAUAUUCUUUUAUCAUGUCACCAACUUAUGUUCAUGCGCCGAUAAUGUUGAUGACCCUCCAACCUCAAUAUGGUGCACAACUCCUGUUUAGGAGGAUUAGUGCCUAAAACUUGUAGCCUCAACAUGGAGUAGCACAACUCCCAUUUUGGAGGAUAACUGCCUAAAGGUUGUAGCACAUUGCGCGCAUGCCACAACGUAUGUUUAGUGCUCAAUUUGGAAAUGUUUAUGUGUAUGUGUUUGUUUUUUAUUUCCUCAAAUACAGUUUGUUGCUUUAUCAUGAGGUUGGAUGUUAUGUGUUGAAAAUAAAUGGAUAUUUGUAAAUAGUUGUGUGAAAAUAUUUGGAGAUAAUGUUUUUAAAGUCCUAUAAAAGUGAUGGGAGUUAUUGAGAAUUAGUAAGAUUUUUUUGAGUUUUUAUGGAUG